AUGUCACAAUUGCUCUGCAUUCCUUUCAAGAGAAGUCUAUCCAUCAAUCUGGGGGAUGUACUUUCGAGGGUAAUCGACAGCACUUUUUACCAAAUAGCUUCAGAGUUCGCUGCUGAUUUGAAGUCCAUCGACAAGCUUCGAAACUCAGCAUUGGAAGCUGAUGUGUCGCUAGCAGGACUCCACACUCUACAAGAGUAUUUUUUUCAAUUUGACCAGCUCGAAAGAAAGUUUCCAGAUGGUCAAAUCAAUGUCAAAUGGUUUGAGACCCUAGGGCUCAAAUCUUAUGGUAGAGAAGAUUCGAGGUUUAUUUUCGAAAAGCUAAACAUUCUUUACAACAUAGGAGCUCUGUAUUCUCUCCUAGCUGCCGAUGCCAACAAUGGCUCUGUAGAGGGUCUCAAAACAGCAUGCAGUUAUUACAGACAUAGCGCUGGCUGCUUUGAAUACAUAGGAUCGCAGUUGGAAUCCAUGAACGAGCCUGUCAUGGAACCUAGAUGUAUUACUAGCCUGAAAUACUUGAUGCUUGCUCAGGCUCAAGAAACUUUUUGGUUGAAGGCAGUAAGGGACGAAAUGAAGCACACUCUGAUAGCUCGGCUCGCUCUUCAGGUUGCUGGGUUCUACGAUUCUUGCUGUAAGAAUGCAGCCGCUAGUCAGCUUCUAAGGUCUGAUUGGCAAAAUAGGUUCACAGAGAAGUCCAUCUACUUUCAAGCGGUCGCUUUUUAUCGAUACAGCCUGGGGUGUAGUGACACUGCACUUACUGGACAAAAAAUAAGAGCACUAAAGAACAGUAUAGCCCUCCUGAAAAGUUUGAGUUCUUCGGAUGAUGUAGUACGUUCUCUUACCAUAAAGGUCCAGGAAGCCCUGAAAGCUUCCGAGAGAGACAACGAUUUAAUUUACCUGCAGGACGUCCCUCCGACUAUUACGAACCUAAAACCAGCCCCGAUGGUCAGUCCGCUUUAUUUCGAGGGCUUGCAAGGUAAGUCCGGCACGAACGAUAAUGACGCUCACAAGAUUCUCUUCAAAGACCUUUUGCCCAUAUCUGUCAUGGAAAGUUCCAGUGCCUUCAAUCAGCGUCAGGAUCAAUACAUUCAGCAGCAUAUUAUCGACCCGCUAAAGGCUUUGAACAAAAUCAUCAGUCAAAGGUUUCCUCCGUCUGCUCUUUCUGCGGAUCUUCGACCCAUCUCCGAAGAAGAGUUCGAGGUUUGUCGUAGUUCGCUAGAACAAUCGGAGACUAAUGCACAACAUGUUACCAGCGCUCUACAACAAAUAAGUAAGAUACUUAAUCAUGAGCACGAAACAGACCAGCUUUUGAGAACAAAGUAUGGCACCGACAGAUGGACAAUUGAGCCCUCUGACAAAGUCAAUGCAGGAUAUUGGUUAAGAUACUCUAAGUUAGAGUCUUAUUUACAGACGGGGAAAGCGGUUGACCAAGAAACAAUUCAGAUAUUCAAUACUAUCGAUGCAAAUCUGCUUACAAAACCAAUCAAGCUUCCUGAGUCUAGCGAUCCUGUUGUUAAAGAUCUUUCGGCAGCAAUCGAUCGUCGAGAAGAUGUGAUCUCACAGGUUAAAAUCAAAGCAGGCCGAAACGUGCUCUUACCCAAGAUUGUUUCUUUGUAUAAGAGAACAGGUCAAACAGAUUUCGAGCAUGUUUUUGCCGAGGGGUUGAAGAUCUAUCAGGAUGAUCUGCUGUUGAUCGAGAGGGAGAAAAGUGCUAACAGAGAACUUCUCUGUAGAUUAAACAUUGAGGAUGAAGGAAAUACGAAGAUGGAACGGCUAGAUGCCAGAGAUUUAUACAUUCAGGACUUCAAGUACUCUCUGAAGCUUUUUGGAGAUGUCAAAGAAAACCUCAACAGCGGUUCGAAAUUCUACCAAGACCUGGUAACCUCAGUGAAUUCAUUGUUGAAUGACGUGCAGAUUUUUGAAGCUUCACGUACAGAGGAGAAAAAGCUUGCAGAACAAGAAAUUUUGAAGUAG